AAAUCUAGUUUUAUCAGUGAUAGUGUGUGAAUUGACCGAGUGCACGUACUUAAAGUAAAGUGUACCAGCACAUAUGUUACAAAUAUAAGAAAAACAACGGUGGCUUUAAUCUUAUUAUAGUGAUAAAACAUGUCUAAAUCAGAGCUAUGUUUCGUUAUUGCAAUACUUUGUUUUGCAUCUGUAAACACAAAAAAGAAUUUAAAAUUUUAUGAGGAAAAGAAUUUCCACGAAGCUCAAGAGUUGACAGAUCAGAAUGUGAGAGAUAUAGCGGCUAUGUCUGACAUGAAUCAUUUCAAAUCAGUUUUAAAUGAGAUCCUGAUUCCAAGAGUUGUGGGCACUCCUAAUCAUGAUAAGGUCAGCAACUACAUAUCCCAACAGAUGCGGGACUUAGGUUGGGAGGUUACGGAGAAUGUUUUCUCUGACACGACACCUGUGUUUGGCACAUUAAAUUUUAAAAACAUAAUAGCCAAAUUAAAUCCUAAUGCUGACAGAUUCUUAGUGCUAGCGUGCCACUAUGACAGCAAAUAUAUGAGGGAACAUGUUUUUGUAGGUGCAACGGACUCUGCAGUACCAUGUACUAUGAUGAUAAACCUAGCCAAAGUAAUGUCGGAACAAUUGGAACCAAUAAAAAAUAAUCGUUUAAGCAUCAUGUUCAUUUUCUUUGAUGGUGAAGAAGCAUUUAGGCAAUGGGGUCCCAAUGAUUCGAUCUAUGGGGCCCGACAUUUAGCAAAGAAAUGGCAUGGCACUGAAUAUAAGGAUGGGGCCAACGAACUCCAGAGAAUGGACGUGAUGGUGUUGCUCGAUCUUCUUGGCUGUCCAGACCCAGUAUUCUACAGCUACUUCCAGUCGACGGAGAAGUGGUACGUCCGUCUUGCUGUUGCGGAGCAAAGGCUGGCUGAACUUGACCAAUUUCAGUCUUACUCCAAGGGUCAAGCAGAACAGACUUACUUCAGGCUCAGAAGCUCUGGAGCCGUCAUAGAGGACGACCACAUACCCUUUAUGCGGAGAAAUGUGGAUAUUCUGCACGUGAUCCCGUCUCCUUUCCCCAGCGUGUGGCACACCGCUGGCGACAACCUUUCUGCUCUAGACUUCAACACGAUAGAAAAUUUGAACAAAAUUUUCCGAGUAUUUGUAGCCGAGUACCUCCACAUCAAACCUAAGUAGUAAUGGUAAUAAAAAACUCAUUCCUAAUGUUGCCAAUGCGAAAACGAUAUACCUAAUACGAAAUUAUAUUUCAAAUAUAUAUGUAUCUAAUAUUUAUUUUUAUGUAAGUCAUAUUUUGAUCUAUCUCUAUAUAUUCAUAAUUGUUUUUUGCGCUAUUUUAGGUAUUAAGUAUUUACUAUUAACGGCCGAAAUGUAAACAGCGUGUCUAGUGCGAAUUUGCUUUACGUUACGGCGACCUAAAUUUUUAUGACGCUGGGCGCUCUGAUUGGCUUGCUCUAAUUUAACAACCCGUAUCAGAGGGCUACACGGUAGCGUUUCACUCUGUUCUUAAUCCAAAAUCUCUAGCUCGAUCUCUGUUUUUGUCAGUGCAACACCAUGAAGCUGAUGUCAAAAAUCAAAUUUAAUCCGAAGAUUUUGGAUUGAGAUCGUUAAAUAACUUCGUCUGUAAACAAUAUAAAUAGGUAUAUUGGAUGGAAAAAAUUGUGUUCGGAAAAUAAUUUAUAAAAAAAAUUUCAGUUUGAGGCAAAAAUGCUUUCAGACUGAGCGUCUCUCUCAUAAAGUAAUUUUGAUGUAUUUUUUUUAAAACACUUUAUAAUUUAUGGAAUUUAUAAUUAAUUACUUAGUUUAUUAUUGGAAAAGGGAGUACCUACUCUCUAUUGCCAAGUUUCCUCGAAGAAGCAAGCCUGUCAAUAAAUAAUAAUUAUUUUAUUAUUUACUAUUCAAUGUUCACAUUAUUUAAGUCAAUCAAAAUCAACCUAUAUUUUGUGUUUAAAACUUACACUAUGUUUUGUAUUUUGUACCGGUUUGCAAUUAAAACUUCCACUUUCUUAAUGGUUAUGACAUUGCAAAAAUUGUAUAAAAAUGAUAUCAAAGCUUGGUUGGCGAGAAAUCAAUUUUAUGAAUUCGGUAUUUGAUAAAUCAAAUGAAUAAUUUCAUAAACCAUUGAUAUAUUAAUGCUGUCGCCUGAAACGUGUUUGUAGAUAAUUUUGGAUAACUUGGCAGUAGGAAGCAUUUUUUUUAUAUUUUAUUGGAUACUUAAUUGAUUAUUUUUUUUAAGUAUUUUUUAUGUAUAGCCUAUAUCCACAUUCCAUUGUGUCAAAAUUACUUACUAUUUUUAAGAAAAAGUUUGUAUACCUACAGGAUAUUGUUUUAAUAAUAUUACGAUAUUUAUUAUGUAUCUAAUAUAAUAUGCAUAAGUAAGUUUUGAUUGUUCCCGAAAACUGCUUCUACACAGUUCUAUCGUAUCUAUAGGGAUGACGACAUUAAAAAUCUAGUGUAGUCUCGUCAGAUUAAUAAUGGAAUAAUAAAUACAUAUAUGUGUCAAGUUAAAGUAACUUCAAGUUUAGAAGUGGGCUCUAACGUCAUCUUUAAGAACUGAAAUAAAUGUGCUAAACAAUACUUUCGCGUCAUCUUUAAGAACUGAAAUAAAUGUGCUAAACAAUACUUUCGCGUUAUGAAAAAACGGUCCAAUAUUGUAAAGGUGUUAAUGAAAUUAUAUUUUGUAAUUAUAUAUCAAUUCUGUUUAUGUAGUUUAAUAAGUUUAUUAUAAUGCAUUGUUUUUGAGAGAAUUAUAAUUAAGUAUUACAUAUUAUAUUGAUUUACACUGUCCGACAACGAAGCAACGUUUACCUUGUUUAUGGAUGUAAAUAUCGGUAAAAACUUUUCUACUGUGGGUAUUUAUUUCUAUUCAAAUAGAUAGGUACCAAUCCAUAUUAAAAAAUACAAUUUCAUGUAUAAACUUCGCUAUUUUUGAAGAUUGCUUAAGUUUGUUAAGGUAAUGUUCAAAUCAGGAAAAUAAAACAAAAAUUAAUUGCGUUCCUAAAACGGUUGUGCACAUAGUUAUACAAAGCUGUGUAAACAAAAAUAGUUUAUAUUUAUAAUUUUAUUUUAUUAAAAUAUAAACAGCAAUGUUUGUAUAAAUAUUAUAUUAUAAAACUUUAUUUUUUAUACGAAAUCAUUUACAAAGUUAAAUACGGUACCUAUUUAUGCGUGUAUGUACUGUACAAAUAAAUCAAUUUUAUUGAGCGUAUACGUGAAUUUUGCCGAAAAUGGUUCGUUUAGCUUAUUGUACCUACCUGUUCACUGGUGCAGAAGACCCAUAUUACGUAUUCUAUGUGCUUAAAUACACAUUGCAUGAGGAGGCUGCCUUACAAGAAAAUAAACCUUAUUUUAUACAUUUUAUUUUACCAUAAUUAGAAACAUUUAAUACAUAUUGUUUCAAAAAUAUAUUUUUUACGCUUGGCAAUAAUCUAUGGAAAAUAUAAUCCGCCAAAUGUUCACCUCCACUGACCUCCAGUUACUGGUUAGAACUUAAAAUAAAAUUGAAUUUUGUAUUUAAUAAAACAAAAUUGAAAAUUGUUUGUGUUAAAGUCAGUGACGAUUAACCGCUCCCGCGCUUUUCGGCCACCCGCCAUUUUGGUUAAAUGCGACAAAUAUGUAAGGCAAAAAUCAAAAUACAUUAUAUUAAUCAACAAAUAAGCUUAUUGUAUUUCAUAAAUAGGUACAGUAAAUAUUUACAAUAAAUUAAUCUAUCUACAGCCAAGAACCGAGAUCGGUCAAGAGAUUUUAGAUUUAAGCUGUUUAAUAAUGUCUACUAGUGAAGUUGUCUGUAUGAUGUUGGUGAUCUUAUAAAAUAUAACACAUACUUAUUGAGAAUUGAUGUUGUAUAUAACGCAUAUCUAUCUAUAAAUUUAUACAAAUACAAAAGAUAUUACUAUGUUAUUAAGAAAUAAAUGGUUGAUGUUUUGAUAAGCCUGUUUUAUUUAGACUCAGUUUUGCAGCCAGUAAGCAGAACGUAAGUUAUUUUUGGACUUGCACUCGAUUUAGUAUAAUUAUUAUGAAGUCCUUGUAAAUUAAAUCCAUCAAUAUUAAAGUAUAUGCCCGUAAAACUGGUUCACACACUUGGUCGUCUUUCUUAGGACGGCAAACAACCAAACGGAUUACCUGAUGGUAAGCAAUCAGCGUCGCCUAUGGAGACACGCAAAAACGUAGGAGUUAUGAGUUCAUUGCGACCUUAUCGGGAUAAGGGAUUUGGAGAUUUUGGGAUUGGUUCUCUGGUAACCUCACUGACACGGCGUCUGUAGUUGUUUCACUGCGGUUUUCUUUGAGGCUGUGGUAUCACGCCGGUCGAGCCGACCUACGCCCAUUUGUGACGAGGCAUUGCUAUCCUUUAAAUGAAUAGUAGUUGUAAUGAGCCGAGAACGAAAGCCGACGAUUAAAUGAGCAGACUUACAAUUUUUCAGACAUAACAGAGGUCUAUACUUUACUCGCUAUAAAUUGCAAUGAUUAUAUGCAGAUGCACUAAGCGUCUUCCAAUACAAUACUUUGCCUACGUCUUUUAAUAGGAGUAACACAAAAACAAUUAGGAAAUCUUGUAUAAAUAUAAUGUACAACUUUUGUUAAGUUUAGGAUAGGCGGAAUGAGACAAGCGUACAUUCAGACUUUUAAAAACAUUUAUUUUUACGACCUAACACAGACUUAGCUUAGCCUCACACACAUUCAAAACAGACUAUCUAAAAAGGAACCCUUGAAUUUCUUAGAGACCUUUUCCUCGCAUUCUUUCAUCUUAUCAUCUAUGUUAUUACGUUUAAGACUAUUUGUGACUUGUUCUGUGCCGGAGCCAAGGAUUCCGGAAGCACUGACUUGUGUGUUAGAUAAACUUGAUUUCGUUUUAUAUUGUUCAAAUGUUAUUACAGAUUUGGGCGCACUGUCUGUUUUUUGUCUUUUAGAUACUUUGUCGGGAUUGUCUCUAGUGCCGAGAUCCCUCAUUUCUUUAUUCAGUUCCUCGAGGUUCACUUUAGCGGUAUCGACGUGUCGCGCUAAUAAACUUGCCCUAUCAUUCUUUUUAUCUCUCUCAGGGUCGUGAUGCGAUGGAUCAUAAAUUUUUCUGGAGCUUGAAGUGACUGUGCUGCUACAUAUUUUGUUGUCUGUGUAUAACUUAUGAGUACUUUGCUCCCCAAUUGGCUUGCACGUGAGUAUGGUGUGUGGUUCCGUCUCCUUUUUGUCUGAGGCCGCAUGUCCAGGCUUGUAGUGAUCGGACACCUUGCUAAUGAAAGUAUCGUGUCCAAACACUAGUGUGUCCAUUUCUUCCAACUUAUCCGCUGACUUCGACUCGGCUCCCUGUUCGUAAUAAGAUUUCAUGUCGCAACGAUUGUCAAUUUCUAUUAUUUGAAUAGGUUUGUCAUUGUUUACAAUAUUGUCUUUGCUUUUUCUUUUAUAAUUUUCAAUACUGAAGUCCUCAUUGGUGUCGAACGUUUCAAAAGUUUUGGGUGUUUCACUGACGACUUUGGUGAUGCUGGUAGUUAUUGGUAGUAUAGGUUCGUAUGGUUUGUUAGCGGUGUCCGCUUCGAUUUUUGUUUUCGAUCGUUUUAUCUUAGUCCCGGUCGCGUCUUUGUUCUUCUUAGUUAUAAUGACGGUAGGAGUAGGAGCGGGGGGCGGGGGCGGAGGCGCCGGCCCUACGACCGGCGUGAUGGUCGUGUUAGGGGAGUUCAAAGUAGGGUGUAUCGAGGGCAUUAUCGUUGUAGUCUUUGGUGGCGGCAUCAUCA